AAGAAAAAAGAGUCAAAUUAAAAUGGCAUCUGAUUCUGGUAACGCCACCACCGAGCACCGCCGUGUAAAAGCCACCGGAAAAACCCAAAGCCACCACCUUUUGGCACCAACCCAUCAAGAACAACAUCCAUGUCCACGAUGUGAUUCACCCAACACAAAAUUCUGUUACUAUAACAACUACAACUUCUCACAGCCACGUCACUUUUGUAAGUCUUGCCGCCGUUACUGGACUCACGGCGGCGCUCUCCGUGAUGUUCCGGUUGGUGGUGGUACUCGUAAAAGACCGGCUAAACGUUUACGUAUUUCAAAUGAUUCUGAUGACUCUUCUACUCCUCCGGCGCCGGUGGUGGUGACGGCUACUACUCACAUUGGUUCUAGUACGGCUCCGCCGGCGGUAUUUGUUCCGUUCGCCGGAGUUCAUGGUGGUGGGUUUACGACGGUUUUGAGUAAUGGGCAAAGUUUGGGUGGGAUUUUUGGAUCUGGGAUUGAUCAGGAUUUGAGUUUUGGGCUUGGGAGGACUAUUUGGCCGUUUUCUGUUGUUGGUGACGGUGGCGUUGGUGGUAGCGCCGCCGUGAGUGGUGGUGGUGGUGGGAAUGGGUGGCAGUUGGAUAGUGGAGAUGGCGGCGAUGGUGGUGGUGGAGAGUGUUUUGCCUUUCCAGAGCUAGCGAUUUCGACACCCGGAAAUGCCAUGAAGUAG